GCACUUAAACUACGACAUUCUCUUAUUAAAGUGGCACAAAUUUUGCAAGGGGAGGCUUUACGCCACGAAGAUGAAGCUUUAAAGGGACGAGCAGAGCACUUUAAUAAGCUAAUUGAACUGGAAUGGACAAUCCAUGUGUCAUCAAAUGCACUAAAAACACUAUACCAGAAAAAAUGGAAUAGUGCACAAAUACUACCUCUAGCAGAAGACAUCAGGAAGCUUCAAAAGCAUUUAAAGUAUCUUGAGGAGGUCAACAAACAAGAACUCAAUGACCAUCCAUCCAAAAGCUCAUGGAGUAAUCUCUCCCAAGUCACUCUUUCACAGUUAAUUUUGUUUAAUCGGCGUCGUGAAGGCGAAGUUUCUAGAAUGGAGGUCAAAACCUAUCUGCAGAGAAACGACCUCAACAUACAGGAUGAUAUUUUGGAGAGUCUAUCACCGUUUGAAAAGAAAUUAUGUGAGAAUCUCACCAGAAUAGAAAUAAGAGGAAAGAGGGGUCGGAAAGUUCCAAUAUUAUUACCAGCAAAUGUAAAGGAAUCAGUAGAACUUCUAAUCAAAACAAGAGAAGAUGCUGGGAUUUCUCAAGCUAACCCUUACAUAUUUGCCCGUCCCAAUUAUGGAUCACUAGAGAACAUGCGUGGAUGUGACAGCUUAAAGCGUUAUGCUAAAAGCUGUGGGGCUAAACAUCCAGAGAACAUCACUUCUACUAAAUUGAGAAAACAUGUGGCUACAGUUUCUCAGUUACUCAACUUAAAAACACAUGAACUUGACCAGCUUGCCACAUUUAUGGGACAUGACAUCGAUGUCCAUAGGGAGUUUUAUAGACUCCCUGAAGAAACGUUGCAAAUGGCAAAAGUCAGCAGAAUUCUUUUUGCCUUGCAAAGUGGAAUAAGCAAAUAUAAAGGACAAUCUUUGGAGGACAUAACACCUAACAUAAACUCUGAAGAGGGCUCCAGCUCAGACUCAGAGGAUGGUAAUUCUAAAAAACAGACAAGCCGAGGCGAAAAUGCUGACAAAGAGAAAGAUCUUUCUGAAAUUAGGGAUCUCGACUCUGGAAAGGCUGCAGACUCUCGUGAGGUGAUUGGACAAAUGAGUAAUCCACUAUUGUCCUUCAGUCAAAAACGAAACCCCAAAAAGCCCUGGUCAGAAACAGAGAGGAAAGUCAUAGAACACUAUUUCAAGAGCAACUUUAAAGAAAUGAAGACUCCUGGAAAAGUGGACUGUGAAAAAUGCUUAAACAAAAAUACAAUUUUAAAGGAUAAUGGAAGAGAUUGGAAAGCAGUUAAAUACUUUGUGCACAACAGAAUAAUUUCGAUUAAGAGGAAUUUGACUCAAGGGUAUCAUGCUCUAUAUCCCUGAGAGCUUGUGAUGUGGACUAUCAGUGUUGAGUCAUAACUGUAAUAGUCUAUGUAAAUGGAGCAUCAGUGUGUCAAAUAAUUGAUAUUAGCUUAUUUUAGAUGCAUGUCUAAACUUUUCAAGCAACAAAGUCUAUUCUGCUUGGGCCUCUCAGUUAUUGAAUGCCUUGUUAUGACUUUGGUUUUAGCCACUUUAAAAUUUUACAAAUUUCUUAAUUUUACCUUUAAUACCACCUUUUUUCCUUCACCAAACUAUAUAUGUUUAUUGUGAUUUUAAAUUUACAGAAAGUGAAAGCAACUUAUUUGAAAAGUAUUAUUUAAUGUUAUUGAUUUUAUUGUUGUCAACCUGUAGCCUGGAGCCACUUUUCACUGAGGGUGGAAUUGCACUACUGCAAGGGGGGUGGGGAUGGGUGGGGUUGGGGGGCUGGUCUGGGGUGCUCUAUUAGUGAGCUUAUGCUAUUUUGCAGGUAAACUCAGCUUGACAGUUUAUCACUUUGAAAAGCAUUUCCAUUGUCAGGAGUUCAGCGAAAGCACAUAACAUGCCCUCAGUUCAAGACUGUGUGUGGAUUUUAAAUAAACUUUUCCUUGAUUUCAUUCAAAAA